CAAGCGUCCUCCUCGAUCUCAACCAGAAGAAAAAGAAAAAACAGAAGAAAAAGAAAGAGAGAAGAGAAAAUGAUCUGGUUGGAAGCAGUUCUUCCAUUAGGAAUCAUAGCUGGAAUGCUUUGUGUUAUGGGAAAUGCUCAGUAUUACAUACACAAGGCUGCCCAUGGCAGGCCAAAGCAUAUUGGAAGUGAUAUGUGGGAUGUUGCUAUGGAAAGGAGGGAUAAGAAGAUUAUGGAGAUGAUGUCUUCUGCUGCUCAAGAUUGAAGGAACUGUGGGUCAGGUGAUAGACUUGCAUCGAAAUAAAGCGCUCGUUUCAUCCAGCAGAACUAUCGAAGAGAUGGGCAUCUGAGGUAUCUUGGACUCUUUAUUUUAAGACCAUCCUGGACCUGAUGUCUGUUUAUCCACACUGGAGAUUUUGUGGAAUUUCGUGGACUGCACUUUUAGGGCUAAGGCUUGAGAUUUGACUCCUCAUUGGUUUGAAUUAAUCAAUAUUUGUGAUGAACCCAUGUUGGUUCUUUGCAC